AUGUGCAGCGAGGGACCGGCUGCUGCUGCUGCUGCUGCUGCGUGGAGGCUCGCAUGCGGUGCAGCAGCAGCAGCAGCAGCAGCAGCAACAGCAGCAGCAGCAGAGGACACAAGGAAACAGCAGCAGCAGCAGCAGCAGCAGCACAAAGCAGCAGCAGCACCGGCACGCAGCAGCAGCAGCACGGCCUGCAACAGCAACAGCACCGGCACAGCAGCAGCAGCAGCAGCAGCAGCACGCCCUGCAACAGCAACAGCACCGGCACAGCAGCAGCAGCAGCAGCAGCAGCAGCAGCAGCAGCAGCAGCAGCAGCAGCAGCAGGGUCUUGCCUGUUUGCAUUUUGGGCCCUGA